AAUAAUGAAUUCCUAAAGGUAGGAGGGGCUGGUAGCUUUAGCACAUGAUAAUAUUUUAAUUAAUUCUGAAAAGAAUAAGCAAAGAGAGAGAUUGCGAAAUAAUGCAGUCUUCAAUACUGUUUUCGAUGCUGGUCAUAUUCGCUAUCGCUGCUUUAUUCAACGGUGCAUCAAGUCUCAUCACUGUCAAACCAUCUAACUGUACAAGCGGCCCAACUGACCUCGACAUUGCCUUGGGACGUAUAAACUAUGGAACGGACCAAACAAUUCAGUUAAUGCCGGGAAAACAUUGUAUUAACAGUUUCAACACCACUUUGGAAGGGCUUAGCAACGUGACGCUUGAGGGCAUUAGCGACGCUAUUAUCCAAUGUGCAGCUGGUAGGGGACUGGCCGUGUUCAACGCUACUGACCUGACAAUUAGGAACUUAACAUUUGACGGAUGUGGUGCCGGAAACGAUGCGAUAAACGAUGUCAUAGAUAAGCUUAAAAGCAUCACAUACUUCUUUUACAACAUAUCGACAGAGAGUGUGAACAAUAUCACACUACUUUGUGGUCACUGUGAAAAUUUCAGACUAUCAGGUGUUACGAUUAUGAAUACUUUGGGGCUGGGUUUUCUCGGAGUUAAUGUGAUUGGAGAGUCCAUUUUGGAAGACAAUGUCUUUUUCAAUAAUGUUCCGACUGGUUGUUUUUAUCUGAGCUUCAAUCUAACGGGGGGUGAACGAAUUGGAGGUGGUGCUCUGCUGAUCUAUGCUGAUUACAUUGAAUCAAAUUACUCUCUGGAAGACAUGUUUAAACUAAGUGUUUCCGAUUCGAAGUUUCUAAACAAUUCUUAUUGUAGUGCUUUGUACACUAAUCAAUACUUGUCAGAUUAUGUUAACAAUGAUAUCCAGACCUACUUUCUAAAUGGUGGUGGUGGAUUGUCUCUGAAACUUACUCAGUUCAGCUUUCGAGUUAAUUUCACCGUUACUGACAGUGUCUUCAGGAACAACACGGCCAGGGGAGGGGCCGGAUCCAGCGUUCAAAUAUACACGGGGGUGUACAACUCGAGCAUUGUAUUUUCAGAUUGUGAUUUCUCGAACAACGGACUCGCUGGUGAAAUAGUCGAAGAAUACACAUUUGUAACUUCUAGUGCCGGCUUAGAAAUUGUCUCUGACACGUUCCAUCCAAGAAUCCGUGAAGCCGAAUGUAUCACUAGCGAUAAUGCUGCACCGUCAUCAGUUUUAGUUAAGAACUCUGAUUUCAAAUAUAAUCGAGCUUUUUCGGCAGCUGGUGCGGGAAUAUUUUCGUUCUAUUCUCCCGGGCAACGACGUCAAUUUCCUCAUAUUGUCGAAUUCGUCUCCUGUCGAUUCAUUGGGAACUAUGCAUUUUCUGCGAGUGCACUAUUUAUUCAGGAAUGGAAGUACAUAGCUGCUCAACCAGGUCUCAAUGUUGUGCUAAGAGAUGUGAAAAUGUCUGACAAUGUAAACUUUAAGUUUCGAGAGGUAUCCUCGCAAUCGAGCAAGUCAGGAGUCGUGCAUGUUUUGGCUACUAAUAUGACAAUGCUAGGCAAUAAUGUUAUCAGGAACAAUAUGGGAAGUUCUGGUGUGUAUUUGGAGAAAUCUAUCUUCCAUAUCGACGGAAGUGUCUCGUUUAUUAACAAUUCUGCUUCACUUGGCGGAGGUGUGCGAUUUGAAUAUCAAUCUCUUUUGAUACUUAGCAACAAUUCGAAUUUGAAUUUUAUUUCAAACAAAGUGAGUGUAUAUGGUGGUGCAAUAUACUCGGACAACGUGCCUGGUGCCGAUGGAUUUCGUGUAAUAGAUUGCCCGAUAUAUUUCGGUGAACUGUCUCUAUUGUGUUUUCAAGAUAUUUCGCAGGAAUGUUCGGAUGUAACAAAGUUAAAUGUUUCUAUACUCUUCGAAGACAACACUGCUCAACAGGGGGACAUGGUAUACGGUACGACACUCGAUACUUGCCCCUGGGCAAACGUAUUUAAAGAUGAUGUUGACAAGAAUAUUUUCGAAGUGCUCUAUAUGCGACAAGAACAAGGAUUAUCGUCACCGAUGCAUUUUGACACUGCACCCAACAAUUCUCGUGUGGUUUCUACCUCUCCUGCAGUCCUGGUGAUUGAGCAGGCGACCAAUCAGAGUGGUUCUAUACCUGUCGUUCCUGGACGUACUAUACAUUUGCACACAUCAGCACUUGAUCAAUUUAAUCGACCCGCUUACUCUGUUAUAACUUCUCUGAUUUAUAGAAAUGGAGUCAUUGAUUAUAGGAACCAUACUUCUAUUGGUUCUUCCAACUAUUGGCUUCUCGAAGGUAACAGCAACUCCACAACUUUGAACGUACCAGUGAGAGUAGUCGGCACUCCCAAUGCCUCAGAUUUCGAUUUGAUACUCGUAGGAGUGGGCUCCUAUGCUCAAGACAGUGUGCGAAUCCACAUCACUGAGUGUCCGCCCGGCUUUGUUUUUGAAAGCGGGAUAGCAUCGUGUGUCUGUGACGAGAGAUUGCUUAAUUCAAAUCCACCAAUCAGAUGUAACGAUGAUGACACUCUCUCCGUUCCUUUAGACACGUGGGUGGGUUUCCAAGACAACGAAAAUACUACACUGGUGAUAUCGCUAUGUCAUUUUGACUACUGUAAGAGAGGUGCCAAAAACGUAUCUUUGAUCGACGUUGAUGCCCAAUGUAGUGAUGGCUUUGAGAGAUCUGGUUUUGGCUGUGGAGGCUGCAAAGAAGGCUAUGGUUUGACCCUCGGUGAGAACAAGUGUAAACGGUGCUCGAAUUUCAACAUUUUUAGUAUCAUUGGUUUUGCUGGUGUUGGUGUUGGUCUUAUUUCCAUCUUGGUAUCUCUACGACUGUCAAUUUCCAACGGUUACCUGAAUGGAAUAAUGUUUUACGCUAGUGUCAUCACCUUGUUCAACCCUGUUCUAUCAGCACAAUCAUAUAUUCUAAAAAACCUCCUGACGCUAUUUUCGUGGCUAAAUUUGAACAUUGGAUUUGAGCUUUGUUUUUACGCAAACAUGACUGCCUUUCAACAGUCGGUACUUGCGUUUAUCUUCCCUGUGUAUCUGUAUGUUUUGAUGGGACUGAUUAUUUUGGUGUCCCGGUGCUCACAGAAAUUUUCUCAGUGGUUCAACAAAGAUGGUUAUUCGGCUACUAAACUUUUUGCUACUCUUUUUGUGAUGACAUACACGAGUAUUAUGAGCAACUGCAUUCAUAUAUUGGGUUACAAUACCGUCACAAUUCUGAAUACAAAUACAACAACAACAAUAACGCAGACGGUUUGGAAGACUGAUCCAACUCAAUUCUACUUUGAAGGCUACCACAUCCCACUGUGCUUACUGGCAAUUGUCAUUCUGGCAGUGUAUGUUAUACCGGCCCCGCUUAUCCUGUUGGUUCCAAGUUUAGUACUGCGUGUGCCUAUCCUCAAGAACUAUAAGCCGCUGUACGAUGCAUUCUGGGCUCCAUUUAAACCAAAUUUUCGAUUCUGGAUCGGCUUGCGACUACUCCUGAGAAUUUUCCCUUUCAUAUUUGCUAACUUUAUUCGUAAUCCCACUAGUGUCCUAACUCUAAUCACAUUUCUCCUCACAAUGUGUUUUGCCCAGUCUAUCCUACAGCCGUACGAGGGAAGGUUGAGAAACACGUCUGACCUAUUUCUUCUUUUCGACUUAGUACUGGUAUUGGUUGGAUACCUACAUUUUUACGCUUUCGAUUUCAAUAGCCGGGAAGUGAGCGCUAGUUUCCAGUCCACCCUUGAAAAAUGGGAGACAAGCUAUUAUGCCUUCAGUAUCUCCAUUGUUUAUAUUCUACUGCUCAUUUUCGUAAUUGUAAGGAUUGUUGUUCGAUUCCCAAUUCUAAAAUUCUAUGUCUGGAAGCUUCUCACUGCAAUUAUUUUUUGUAAGUCACUAGCAAAAUGGUUGCCCGCUGAACCCAAGAUAGAGCGGUUAUCAAAGAAGGGAAAGAAAUCAUACGGUUCCACGACUAAGGAGUCAAUUAAUGGUGACGGAGCUGUUGAGCGCUCGAGCAAUCAGCUGGAGUACAGUUUCAGUACUGAUAACGUUCCGGAUAAGAAGAAAACUGUUGCAACAUUCUCUGAAUUGAGGGAACCAUUGUUGGACUCCUUUGGAACUGCUGAUGUAGAAGUGAGACAUACACACUGACAGCUGACGUUGUUAUAACUUUUUUUGCUGCAUUUUAGUGUAACUAGCUAUUAUAAUUGUUUUUGUACUAUAUAUACUGCUGCGUAUUUCUUUGAGGUUUUAUGAAACAAAUCACAACAUG